AUUUGUACGUUUACGCUAAUGCAACCCUGUUUUCAUUAUCUAUCGCCUUUUUGUGUUGCGGAUUGAACAAAUUAAAUUAGUUAAAUACUUUCUUCAGAAGGCAAAGAAAUAAUAAAAUUUCUUGGUUAAAGGCAAGACGAAAUCAAAGACAACUGUUGGAUAAAGGAAGUAAUACAGAAAUAAAGAUAAAUAAGUGUAAACCGAAUAAAAAAUGGAUUUACAAUAAACAAAGCUGCAGACGGAUGAGCGUAAAAGCAAUUAGUUUUGAGUGCAAAUACUAGCCUGAAAAAUCGAAGUUGAACGUAUAGCUGCUUUUUGGCGGUGCUUUAAUUAAAAUAAUACAACAGCAAAUUGUUUAAUUACAAAAUCUCACAUUUCCAUAAAAAACGAACCUUUUGAGAUUAGCUUCAACUGAAGGCAAUCGAAAAAAGUUGUAUGUGCAUUACCCUCGGCUUAUAAAUAAUAAAUAGAAAACAACACAAACUAAACAAUACACAAUGGAUCGCAACAACGGUUCCAAUCGGUACCCACCAAUACGUCGUGCAGUCCAGCAGCAACAUCAACCAAAUUCGUUAUCGCUCUCGUCGAAUAAUAAUCAACAUUUAGAUAAUCAUCGGAAUUCAUCUCAAUAUUCCACUUCCAACCAUAACACCUAUUCACAACAAUCCUCAAUGUCCCGCGAACCGCCUACACAACACGACGAACUGAUUCGAUACAUCAGGGAAGCAUGGACAAAAGUAAAUGAGCAGAAUACGCCAAUAAAUUACUGUCAAGAAUCUGAUCAUCAAUUGAAAAAUUUCAAACCUUUCAACUUGGAGGAGUACUGGGACCAGCGGCAUUUUCAAAAUAUUCGUGUGUCACAUGGCCAACAAUAAGAUGAAAGCAAAUGCUGCAACAACAAUAACAGUCGCAAAACAAAUUUUACUUGUUUUGCUAUAAGUUAUAAGUAAAAUAAACACUUACAUUUAAAAACAUGUAUUUCCAUUAUUAGAAAAAAGCGAAAAUUACUUAAAAAUCCGGAAUAUACAAUAUAAAAAAAUAGCUAUGUAUUUCAAUCGAAAUACAACAAAAAAAGCUAAUUCUCGUUUCAUGCAAAUAGUUAAGGAAGUAUAGUAUUUAAUUAAAAAUAUGUAAACCGAGAAAGAAGCAAACAAUUAAAAUGGACAACAAAAAUUAAGAUAUUUAAAAAUAAGAUAUAUGCAAUUAAAAAAUUCCUCAAUAAAAUUAUAAAAUUAAUACAAAAACAUGUAAAAGGGAAUGCAGAUAAUACAUUUUAAAUUUAUGAUUAACGGCAAUAAAAAUUAU